UGGUUCCGCGGUGAUCGCAGCCGCCCUCGGAGCGGGGCUCGAAGGGCCGCUUUGGGACGCGCGCGUGUACACACUGCUGCCUGCUGGCGUGCACAGAUUCAGCGCUUUUAUUUUUCUUACGCCUGUGGCAAGAGUGGAACGCUAGAAGUGAUCUGUGCCCUGCAAUAAGCAAGACAAAGUCAAAUAGUUUUGCUGCGCAGGAGUUGGGAUGCAUGGGGCGAAAUAGCGGCCGAGGGAAGGGCCGAGGGUGCUCGGAGAGCGCUGAGUAGGGGCCUGGGAGCAGAGAACUGCACGGGGAAGAGAAAGCUGGGUGUGGGCAGGAGGGAGUGAGGGAGGAGUAGGGUACAUGGCUGUGUGAGGAGAGAAGAAGGCAGGAGGUGGAGGGGAUGAAACCGUAGGAGCAGGACAGGAGGGACUACGUUUAGGGGAAGGUGAGGUGAUAGAGGGAACUGAGGCUUGGAAAUUCUAAAUACUCUCAGCGGAGACAGUGACCACUACAUCCUCACGCUUGUGCCUCAGGGCACUGCAGCUGCCCUCAGCCUGAAUGCUGUGAUUGGUGGGUGAAGGUCCUGAGCAGAGGACCCUUUCGUACACACCUUGUUGUGUGUAGGAUUACAGUGCCCAUCAGUCUUUCUGCAGGAUUCCUGACCACGGCCGAUCCUAAGGAGUAGUUUGAGGGAGGCUGGUAAAUGUUCUGUAGAGCACGGGGCACCAGGAGGAACAGGAGCGCUCAACUUAGGCCUCGCACAGUGGGUGCUGGCAGCUGGCCUUGAGGCUGCUCAGCAGCGCAGGUGGUGGGUCAGGGUAGUCCACAGGUCCUGGAGAUGGAGACGAGUAGCUCUCCUCUGCUGUGAGGAAGGGAGCUGGCAGAUGGGAGCACCAUGGGUGUCAUGUCAGCGUAAUGAGCUGGAAAAAUGCAAUUUGUGGUGGUGCUCUGGUGAAUGUUAGCAGGGUGAGACUGUGCUCCUUGAGGACAGAGAAAAGUGCUGCAGCAGGCAAGUGUGGGGUGACUAUGCAUGGGUGAGGGCUGUUCCUGUUUUCAAAGCCCCUACAAACUACACAGAGCUACUGAAGCAUAAAGACCUGGUGGGCAAUGCAAGAUCAAUUCCUGUGAUCAAAAUCUGAACCGAUGUUGUGAAUUAAUAGAAAUGAACUCUGUGAUUCAAGGGCAGCUCUUCACAAUCCUCAAUGAAACAUCUCGAGAAGGUGGGCAUUAUGGAGGUGUAGAAACAAUAAAAACUCGUCUCCUGCCAUGGUUAGGGACUUGCUUUUCCCAUGCUACUUCUGGAAGGCUCUUUGAAACUAACCUCUCCUUCAAUCAGGAUUCAAUUGAGAAAGAGAGGCAACUGAGGCAGCUGGCCACCAGUCAGACUCUUCAGCUGCAGGAAGAACUGACUUCAACUCGUCUAGAGCUCGACCGUGUGCAACAAGAUCUGAAGGCUUCCCUUGCCCAAGAGGAAGACUCUCUGAGGUGGUUAGAUCGUCUGAGUGACUAUGAGCAGCAGCAGAUUGAAAUGUUGCGGGAUAAGCUUUCUAUCGUGGAAGCCCAAAAGUCUGUUUUGCAGAGCAGGAUUGCACGGAGCCGCUCUCCUUCCCCAAGACGCAUCAGGAGCAGGUCACCUAGUCCUCUUCCACUGAGGAGCUGCUCACCUGGCCGAGCCAGGAGCACCAAUGCUUCACGUCACGGCGUCCUGGUUGCUCGCUUUGGGGACAUUUAUUCUCGAGAGCGCUUUGAUGCAGAGAGAAUUUUGAGGGCGUACAUCGGUGAUAUGGAGAUGGUGCAGAGGAUAAUAUAUACUGCAGCAGUGGAGUCUUUCCAAGCAGCAAAGUUGGCCUACAGGCAGUUCAAAAUGCGUGUAAGAAAGACGCUAUCUAUAGGGCACUCGGGGCCUGAGUCACUUGAAGACACUGUUCUGGAUUAUAUAGUUCACCAUGAAGAUCUGUAUGAUGUUCAAGCCAGCGUCACCGAAGUAAUUCGCUCCAUGAAGAUCAACCCAAAGAUUUCAUUCCCACCAGAAUUUGAUUUUGUUGUGAUCAACAGUUUUAUUCGAGAGCUAUGCCGUGUGGCUUUUUCAAUGCAGACACUCACUCCUCCUCUUGAUAUUGCCUUCGGUAUGGAUGGUGAACUCUUCAGUGAGACCAAGUAUCAUCGUAGUGUUGACUCAGAUUACACAGCUGCCUUGGUGGCCUAUCAUGUAUGGCCUGCUCUAAUGGAAAAUGAUGUUGUGAUUGUGAAGGGAGAAGCAGUCACUAAAAGAGGAGCUCUGUGGUCUCACAGGAGCAGAAGCAGAAGUAAAAGCCGCAGCCGUAGCGUGAGUCCUCUUCUAUCUCAUUUAUCUCGAAGCCGUAGCCCUUCACCAAGGAGAAGUGGCAUUAAGAUAACUGGAUAAGUUUCUGUGAUUCUUUACAUCUGGAUCCAUCAACUCUGCUGUGCCUUUUCCUCUUCAAGGAAUACCUCAAGUGUUGCAAUAAUGUGAAUGGCAGUUGUGACUGCAUUAUGUUGUUUUUUUCAGUGUGUUUUUGUAACUAUAGAAGUCUUAUUUUUGACUAUAGGCACUAAUUCAGCCCUUCCAAUUUAGAAAAAAAGUGUAUGCCAUAUAUUAUCAUACUAAUUUGGCAAAGGUUACAGAGCACUGAGGUACUCUUGCUGUAAUCUUAUGGAUGGAGAUAGAAUUAUUGCAUCUAGAAUGGUUUCCCUAGAUACCAAAUGCUUCCGUUUAUCUUGAUAGGAUCUUCAGCAUAACUUAAAUGGUGAAUGUUACAGAGUGUUGAUGUUAGCUGUUACUUGAAAACUAUUUAAUUAGCUGGUGCUUAUUUACAGUUUUAGAAAAUGAGAUGUGCAGGUCUCACACAUAUCCUUUUAAAUAUUUCCUUAAAGUUUGUCACAUGAGUGACUGUCUGGGGUCUUGAGUUUUUACGUAGAAACAUAGGAUUUGUCAUAAUGAUCAUCAUAUGUAAUUCAUCAAGUUCAUUCUCUCAUUCCAAUCAAUACUUGAUUUUUCAAAGGAGUGUGCAACUUUCCCUAAAUUUAUCUCUGCUGUUUUGAAUAUAUAAACAAUUAGAAGCAAAAAAAAAAAAAAAAAAAAAUCCUUUCUGUUGCAAUAGCCUGUGCAAUGGAACAUGCCAGUUCAUUAGUGUUCCUAGAAUAGCCUGAACAAAAUGUUUUUAUUGAUUCUGAAAUUAUUAUGUUCUUAAAAUUAAGUUACAUGAACAAAUUCUGUGAUCCCUUUCCAGAGAUCUUGUACAGAUUUAUAUAUCCAUGCUUCUUCUCUCUGCUUCUUGUGUGGUUUAAGACCUUGGCACAAAAUUCUUUGGCACAGGCUUCAGGCAGACUUUAGCAUUGGUCCUCAUGAGUCAUGGAUCAGCUGUACUCUUGUUCUACAAAUAUAUUUUCAUUGGCAUUAGGCCUGUUAGGAACCAAUGAGAGCAGAAUGAAUUCUCAUACACAAAAGACCAUUCACAGAGUUUCUCUGAAUGAAUGAAGAAGGCACAAGUGAAAGGUGUGUGCAUAUAUGUGUUAUACUUUCUUGUUAUCUAAGAAGGUCAAGAGAAAAUACAAAGUGAUACGUUUCCUCUUCUAAGAGCCUACUGAGAGCCAUGGAUCUGGGCUUGAGGUAAACCUGCAUAUUUCUGCACUGAUCUCAUGAUUCAAACCACCACAGCUGUGGAAAAAACUGAGCAGCUGCAGAUUGUGUGGCAACAGGAUGAUUAGAUAUCCCAAGUCUGAUUUUGAGCAACAGAACGAAGGUUUUCUCAAAAUCUUUUAAUUAGCAGUGGCUAAAGAGAAGCACUUGUUUGUUUGUUUUUAAAUUAGAAAGUGUAUUUUUAUCUUCUGCAUGUGUUGUUACUUUGAAUUGAAGUAAGUUUCCCUUCCAACUGUGAGAAAACUAAGACCACAUCAAGAGCAUGUUUCUUCCUGACAAGCAUGAGAGGCAGUGUAGUUCCAGACUUGCACACACCUAUGAUCACAAUAGGAACUAGUAUUCCCAAAGACCUGAAAAAGGCUAUAAAAGAGAGAUUCACACUUCUUGGUGGACCAUCUCAUCCUGCUCCGCAUGUAUUGAAUGAGCUGGUAGUCUCAAAAAAGAAAACUAGUGAAAUAGCAGCUGAUGACUGAAAAAGUAGCUCUAAGACUUUUUUGCAUAAAGAAUUUUUGCAGAGCAAACCAGUUUUAGCAAAAUAGAAAGCCAAUCUGCUGCAUGGCAGCACUUAAUUAGUCAAACGAUGCUUACUCAAUUGCACUCUGUAGCCAGUUGUCUUUUUGUAGGAAUACACAGUACUUAUUGCCUGCCUGGCUUAGGUGUAGGCAAUUAAAUCCAUUGAUCAGAUGGAGGAUUGCUUUUGAUGUCAGGUUAGACAUUAAUAGCUUCUGUCCUUCUUUUUAUGCACAUGAUAGCAGCACAGAGAAUGCAUACCAAUUACGUGGAAUUAACCAUCAAAUGUGAAAGAGCAUGUAAAAAAGGACUGCACUAAUAGCUUGCAAGACCCUGUGAAAGAAUGGAUUAUCAAUAUGAAGUUGAUUACUUGGUAUUUUAAUAAGAGCUUUUAAAAUCAUAAGAUUUUUUUUUUCUUUUCUCUAAAUCUCAAGCCUGGGUAAUGCCACACUUGUAAGUAGAGCAAAGUAGAAACGAUACUAUAAGCAUGGAUUCUAAUAGGUGACCAUUAAAAAAAUUAUUGAGGCUUAUAUUACAAUAUAGUUUUUAAAACAGUAUUGCUCAUGAUCCAAGUGAUAAUACCAGGGAAAAAAAGGCUAGAUUUUGAACUAAUUUCAGUUUUUUGGAGAUACAGUGAUGGAACCAAAACUGCACAGGAUGUAAAAAAGCACCACCUUUGGGCCAGCAUAUUAACGUAGGACACCACCUGUGUUUGUGUCGGGUUCUGAGAUUGCUGGAGAAUUUCUCCUGUGCAUGAGCUCUGUGAAGGCUGAUGAUGUCUGGCUCAAUCCAAAGCUUGACUCCAAAUCUAUGUUUUAUGAAUGUUUUAUGACCCAUUUCUUGGAAAAUAUGUUGUCAUCAUAUUUUCUUCAAUGAAGUCUUCUUCAGUGUUUGCAGCUGAAUGACAUAAGUGCAAACUAGCAUGAUGUUCAUGCAGAACUAGCAGAUGAGGAGGACAAAUGGCUCAGCUAGAUUUGCUACAACACAAUGAAGAUUUAAAUUCAGAAUUGAUCUCAGAUUGACUCUGCUAACAUCCUGAUAGGAGAAAGAAAGGUGGAACUAGGAGCUGGUGGAGCCCUCCCAUUUCAUCUGUGCAGCUGUGAGUUGUGCUGCUCAUUCAGUCUUGCGGGAGGCUCUGAGCAGGAGUGGUGGGAGAUAAGUUAAAGCAAACAUAUUCUACGGCCUCAAGAAAGUAAACGUGAAGACAAAUUAUCCAGAUUCUCCAAGGAAAACAUAUGCCUGUCCUCCAGGACUUGAGCUUUUGGACUUCAUUUUUAUACUGCAUGUGUCUACGAGAAAAAAUGGUCAUCCUGUACCCGUGCCAUUGGAAAUACCAUCCUUCAUCUUUAUUUAACCUGUAUCAGUCACUUUUGAUUAGUGUUAACUACACAAUGAUUUUCUUACUGAAGCAUUAAGUAGUCUUGUGUUAUAUUAAAGCAAUGAAAAUUGGUUUGUUAUGGCUUGCAGCUCUAAUAGUGUGUGCCAGACUGAACGUUUUAAGUUUUAGGGCUGUACUGUAUUUCUUUCAGUCAUGCAGCAUACUAAUCAAUUAUACUAAAAAAGUUUGCUUUAUGGUUGAAAGGUUGGAAACAGUUUUCUGAUAGUUUCAAAUAGCACAUGCAAGGAAAGCUGUCAGGCUUGUGCUGAUUGGCAGGUGUGUUGUCUACGUGGAAGCUGUACCUUUCACUCAAUAGGCAGCGCACAAACAGAGCCCAUCAUGCCGCUUUACUUUCAAAAGAUGAAAGCAUGACAGAAGUGAGGUGUGUGGUGUUUUUAGUUUUUAAUGGCUUUGAGAAUACAACCGUUCUGCCUUGCAGAAAUACAAUUCUCAAAGAAAUGUUAAGUAUUUGAAAGUGAAAGUUUGAAAGUUCAGUCUUUCCAGUUAGAGGAAUAUUCUCUAUCACAUACAGCAGGUAUAACUCUUACCUUUGUAAACUGCUUUCAGGACCUUCAGUGAAAGCCUGCCUGUGUGUUGAUGACACACACACACACACACACACCCCCCAGCAUGGACAACACUAUUGCUUAUUAUUUGGAAGGAUCACCCUGUGUUCACAGAAACCUUUUUGCCCUAUGGCCUCUCAUACAGUUUGUAUCCUUUAUGGCUGACUCAGCUGAUAAAAGAUUAACUUGAUGAUUUCUACAGGUAACUGUAAUUUGGGCUGGAACCUACCUAACUAAAAUCGGGUGAAGAUAGAGCUGGACGAGUCUUUUAUAUAAAAAUACAAUGCAUAUUUUCAUUUCCAAUCUGUGUAUGGUGUAUUGCUUGACCUAAAAAGCUUGUGGUUUAAAUGAAGUACUUUCUAAAGUUCAUCAGCCAUUAAAGCAAUGAAAUGUGUAUGAAAUUUUGAAUGUUGCCAUUUUGAGUUGAUUAAUACCAGUUAUUACCAUAUGUUUUUCUCACCCAGACUUAAAUUUCAGGGAUGACUAACUACAAUCAAAAUAACAUUUCCAUUUCAGUUAGUCUGAAUAAACAGCAUGUUUUAAACUAGUAGCUCAAAACUGUAUUGUUAAUUGGUUAGUUUGGUGAAGAAUUAAUAAAAUGUCAAUCCUAAA